UGUGUCUGUCCGCGUCAGGACCGGGAUCGAGGAUGGAGACUCGCGCUGUUUAACGGCUCGGUAACGCUCGCGCUGAUCUUUUCCAUUCACGGGAGCGGAGGAUCCUCAAUUGUGCGGAUUGAUUGAUUGAUUAAUAGCUGAUUUUGCGGCGAUCCUGACGAUCAUGGGCUGCGUCACUGGAGAUAUUCACCCGGGCAGACUUUACGCACUCCUCAUCGGGCUGCAUGUUCUCACCUGUGUCUCCAACACGCACGGCUCGGACGCUCGGCGGUCUUUCGUGGAGCUGCGGUUCGUGCUGGAGCCGCAGGACGUGGUGACGGUUCGGGGCGGUGUGCUGCAGCUGGACUGCAAGGCGCGCUCAGAUCAGGGCGUUCCGGUCAUCUCCUGGAAGAAGGACGGUGUGCUGCUGAGCGCGGUGGUGGACGAGCGCAGACAGCUGCUGUCGAACGGGUCGCUCCUGGUGCAGAACGUGCUGCACUCGCGCCACCACCGGCCGGACGAGGGCUCGUACCAGUGCCUGGCCUCGCUGGAGGACCUCGGAGCCAUCGUCAGCCGCACCGCUGAAGUCUCCGUCGCUGGUCCUCUGCGCGUGGUCGUCCCCACCGAGUCGGUCUCGGCUCAUCUGGGCGACACGGCUCUGCUGCGCUGCGAGGUGACGGGCGAGCCCAUGCCCGUGGUGCGCUGGCAGAAGAACAGGGAGGACCUGCCCUUGACCUUUGACCCUGACAGCAGGGUGCUCAUCCUGCCCUCCGGAUCUCUGCAGGUCAGCAGGGUUCAGCCGCCGGACUCGGCCACAUACCGCUGCUUAGCAGAGAACCCCGGCAGCUCUCGCACCGGCACAGACGCAGACCUGCACGUCCUCCCGGAGCCCGGAGUAGCGCGAGCGCUGACGUUCCUCCAGAGGCCUCAGAAGGUCACGGCUCUACAGGGCAGAGAUGCGGUUCUAGAAUGUUCCGCCUCCGGCUAUCCCACCCCAUCCUUCUACUGGAUGAGAGGAGACGAGCUGAUCCAGAGCAGAUCAAAGAAAUACUCUCUCCUGAGCGCCAGCAACCUUCUGAUCAGCAGCGUCACAGACGAUGACUCGGGAACGUACAGCUGCGUCGCUCACAACAAACAGCAGAACAUCUCCGCGUCCUGCCAGCUCUCCGUGCUCGUGCCGCCUCAGUUCCUCAGCUACCCGUCGAACACGUACGCGUAUGAAAGCACGGACAUCGAGAUGGAGUGUGCCGUGGCGGGAAACCCGCAGCCCACCGUCCGCUGGGUGAAGAACGGAGAGGCCGUCAUUCCCAGCGACUACUUCCAGAUCGUGGAGGGCGGUCAUCUCCAGAUUCUGGGUCUGGUUCGCUCAGACGAGGGUUUCUAUCAAUGUAUCGCUGAGAACGAGGCGGGAAACAGUCAGGCGAUGGCUCAACUCAUCCUGCUGCAGCCCGUGACCCCGAGCUCAGGCGUCCUCCCCUCUGCUCCCCGUGACGUUGCCCCCGUCCUCGUGUCCAGCCGCUUCGUGCGCCUCAGCUGGCAGCCCCCGGAGGAGACGCGCGGGACCGUCCUGACCUACGGCGUCUUCUUCUCCGAGGAGGGAAUCAACAGGGAGCGCAGCCUGAACGUGACAGGGGCCGAGAGUCUGCAGCUGACGGUCAGUAAUCUCCGACCGGAGGCCACGUACUCCUUCAGGGUGGUGGCGUAUAACGAGCAAGGGCCCGGAGAGAGUUCAGAGGCCAUCCGACUGUCCACGCAACCCGAGCUUCUGGUUCCUGGUCCAGUGGAGAACCUGCGGGCAGAAGCUGCGUCUGCGUCGUCCAUCCAGGCGUCCUGGGAUCCUCCGUCUCACGCCAGCGGCCCGGUCCAGAGCUACCGGCUGCUGUGGACUGAGACCUCCACCGGAAAAGAGCAGAACGUGGAGGUCGUGGGUCAGAGCUAUAGGAUGGAGGGCCUGAAGAAGUUCACGGAGUAUUCGUUACGAGUGCUGGCGGUCAAUCGGCACGGUCCUGGCCUCUCCGAUAAAGACACGCUCAUCACCACGCUCUCAGACGUGCCCAGCGCUCCACCGCAGAACAUCUCACUGGAGGUCGUCUACUCACGGAGCAUUAAGGUGAGCUGGCAGCCGCCGCCUGCAAACACGCAGAACGGAUUCAUCACCGGAUACAAGAUUCGCCAUCGCAAAACGGGCCGACGGGGCGAACAGGAGGCCAUCGAACCCAACAACCUCUGGUACCUGUUCACCGGACUGGAGAAAGGCAGCCAGUACAGCUUCCAGGUGGCAGCCAUGACGGUCAAUGGCACGGGGCCCAGCAGCGAGUGGCACACGGCCGAGACACCGGAGAACGACCUGGACGAAACUCAAGUUCCCAACCAGCCGAGCUCUCUGCACGUGCGUCCGCUGCCCAACAGCAUCAUCAUGAGCUGGACUCCGCCGCUGAACCCCAACAUCCUCGUGCGCGGCUACAUCAUCGGCUACGGAGUGGGCAGCCCAGCAAUAAACAAGAAAAUAAAAAAUCAAGUCAGGUUUUUGUGUUUGUGUGUGUUUGCAGAGCCCAGCUCUCAUUACGUCAUCUCUCUGAAGGCCUUCAAUAACGCGGGUGAAGGAGUUCCUCUGUACGAGAGCGCCGUCACCAGAUCCAUGUCAGAUACGUCCACGCCCAUGAUUCCUCCUGUAGGUGUGCAGGCCGUGGCACUCAUGUCCGACUCGGUGCGCGUCAGCUGGGCCGAUAACUCCAUUCCCAAGAACCAGAAGUCCUCAGAGGUGCGCUACUACUCCGUCAAGUGGAAGACCAGCCACUCCACCAGCGGCAAAUACAAGUCGGCUGAUACUACAGCUCUCAGUCACACCGUCACGGGUCUGAAGCCCAACACCAUGUACGAGUUCUCCGUCAUGGUGACUAAAGGACGUAAGUCCAGCACGUGGAGUAUGACGGCACACGCCACCACAUAUGAAGCAG